AUGAUCGUACGGCCGUCGCUGCUGAGGCCAGUGUCGGCUCUCGACUCGGCGUCGCUGUGCUCGCGAUGCCUCUCCAGACUGGGCCGGCCGUCUCCCGGCUCGCUGCGGCGGAGCUUUGUUGCCUCGACGUAUCGCCUGUCUGGAGCUGCUGACGGCUCAGCGGCCAUCCCGAAGGCCUUUCACAGGGACUACUUCUCUUCGCAUGAGCCAUUGGCUCGUGGCGCUGACAGAAAGGGGCUGUUGGCGUCAGGCGGGACGGCCUCGAUCAAUACGUCCGCACCCUCCGCCAACCAUGCGCCGCCGACGGAGAAUCCCACCGCUCCAAUUGCUGCAGAGAUAUCACAGGAACUUCCUCACCCACGACGGAAACGAUUAAAGCAGGUGGCUGCUGCCAAUGCGACCUCAGGCGAACCCAUCAUUCCUCUCGACGCUUCCGCUCGACUCUCCGCUAUCUCCUCAGCGCUUCCCACCACCUCCCUCCGGCGCAAACUCACGGCGUAUUUUGCCCUUACAAAACCUCGUCUCUCCUUUCUUAUUCUCUUGACGACUACCUCUGCAUAUGGCCUCUAUCCAAUCUCCGCGCUUCUCACCCUCGAUCCCUCCGUGGCCCAACCGACCCUGUCCACCUCUACUCUUACAUUCCUCUACCUGGCCACGGGAACGUUCUUGUCAAGUGCCAGUGCCAAUACGCUAAAUAUGUUCUUCGAGCCGAAGUACGAUGCACGAAUGACGCGGACGCGCAGCAGGCCUCUGGUCCGUGGACUGGUGUCGAGUCGCGGAGCGGUUCUCUUCGCCAUUGCGACGGGACUGACUGGUGUCACGUUGCUUUACGUGGGGACGAAUCCCACCGUUGCAGCGUUAUCAGCGGCGAAUAUAUGCCUCUAUGCAUUUGCCUAUACGCCGCUGAAGAGAAUUCAUGUCAUUAAUACUUGGGUUGGUGCCAUCGUGGGUGCCAUUCCCCCGAUGAUGGGCUGGGUUGCUGCAGCGGGUCAGACGGCGACGACGGGCCAUGACACCUGGCGGGAUAUGCUGCUGAGCGAAGACAGCAUCGGCGGAUGGCUGUUGGCUGCAUUGCUCUUUGCGUGGCAGUUCCCGCAUUUCAACUCGCUCUCCCACCUCAUCCGGGAGGAAUACAAGGCCGCGGGCCACCAGAUGAUGGCGUGGGUGAACCCGGCUCGCAAUGCGCGCGUCGCGCUCCGAUAUUCGAUUCUCAUGUUCCCCAUCGCCUGUGGGAUGUGGUGGACUGGCAUUGUCAACAAUUGGUUCUUGGUCAGCAGCACGCUGGCCAACGGGUGGCUGGUCAAGGAGGCAUAUCAAUUCUGGAAGCACCAGGGUGCGAAAGGGAGCGCCCGCGGUCUCUUCUGGGCGAGCGUGUGGCAGCUGCCUAUCUUGCUGGUGGGAGGACUGGUGACGAAGAAGGGAGUGUGGGACGGAGUGUGGAGGAGGAUCGUGGGUGAUCCCGAAGACGAAGACGAAUAUUGCGACGAGGAGGAAGAAGAUGAAGCAGACGUGCGUACCUCGAGAUCAGAAUCUGAGAAAGCCGUGGCCCUUUCGACUAUGAGGUUGUGUAAUAUCAUAAAAGAUCUUGGAGUUGACUCAAGAAUACCUGUUUCUUUGUGCCAUACAUACUGCAGUCAGCCUCCAGACGCUCCUCUACACGUCUCCUCGUGUCGCAAAAAUCUCGAUAUCGAAAUGCCAAAUCCCAAACACAACAAGAAAAGACGUCGUCUGGACUCGUCUGCAAGAGACGAUGGUGCUGGACCAUGCAGACAGCUCAUCGUCGCUGGGCAGCGUGUCAAAGUGAACGAAAAGGAAGGAAACGACCUCCGUUAUCCGAAAAGCAUGCUCAAGGAGAUCGAAGCUGUUCACCGUAGUCUUCAAGCUGGUAAUAACAGGGCGAAACCAAGCUCUACUAAGUCUGCUGCUGGUGCUACUGGUGCUGGUGCAGAUGCUGCCGUGGCUGCUGCCGCUCCACACGAGGUCUUUGUUGUCAUCCAUGAAGAACUCUGUGAUUGCGAGGACACAACUUUCCAUGUCAUCGGCACAUACGCUCGAGUCGAGGCAGCAAAUGAGAAGGUUCUGGCGGCUUUCAGAAUCAUGCAUCCUCAGUUCCUCAUCGAAGUUAUCAGAGAUGAAACCAGUGACAGUGAAAAAGGCAGUUGCGAAAGUGAUCACGAUGAUGUCGAUGUCGAUGUCGAUGUCGAUGAUGAUGACGACGACGACAGUCACUUUGUCAAGAAACGUCCCAGGGAAGGGCCCUAUCCAUACGGAUUCGAGGUCGCGUGGUGGAUCGACGAGCAUGGGGCCUUGUCGCUGCGAGCGCAGGAUAGAAGUGAUGAUGUUUUCAAGGUCUACGCCAUCAGGCAGCAGGUGCAGGAGUGA